AGAAACUUUAUGAACCUUUCCUUUGCAUCUUCUUCCUCCUCCUCCUCCUGUCCAAAGUCUUCUUUCCAAUCCCCAAAUCCUGCUGAUCAUUACCCUCAGGUUGUCUGGAUCAGGUCAUACAUAACACAUCAAAGCGUUGACGCUGCAGGCUAGGCAGGCUGAUCAGGUCAUCGUCGUCGAUCUUCCUCGAAGCUCGCGAGCGCCAGAUCUCAUCGGUCUCUGCUCACCGGCCGCCUGCUUCUACAGGAUUAGUUAAUUGCUUCGCUUCCGCCGCGGUACCGUGGUGUGGUAUUGAUUGCAAAUGGAUGGCGGAAUUGGUAUCAGAUAUAAAGUUGACCUAGAGCGCAUGCUGCUUGAUGGAAGUGCAGAGCCAACAUACCUAUGGUUGUCACUUUUAGAAGACAUCACGGACUGUUUCUCUGAUGAUCAGCAAAUUGGUAGUGGUGGGUUUGCAGUGGUUUAUAAGGGAAUAGUCGGAGAACGGAUGGUUGCUGUAAAGAAGUUGUCCCAAACGCUUGAUAUGCAUGAGAAUAAAUUUCACAAAGAGGUUGAGUGCCUGAUGAAAGCCAAGCACAAGAAUAUAGUGCGUUUCCUAGGAUAUUGUUCUGACACGCAAGGGAGAAUUGCAAAUUAUGAAGGUAAGUUUGUGAUGGCAGAUCUGCGCAACUGGUUACUAUGUUUCGAGUAUGUACCAAAUGGAAGUCUCGAUAAGUAUAUUACAGAUUCAUCUGGUGGACUUGAAUGGUGUGAGCGCUACCAGAUAAUCAAGGGAAUCUGUGAGGGCUUACUUCAUCUUCACGAGAAGCAUAUCCUCCACUUAGAUCUAAAGCCAGGUAAUAUAUUGAUUGAUGAUCGGAUGGUACCCAAAAUUGCUGAUUUUGGUCUAUCAAGGUGCCUGGAUAAAGACCAAACCCGAGCUUUUACUUCACACCUAUGUGGAUCGCAAGGAUAUCUGGCUCCUGAAUUCUACAGAGGACAAGUCGCAUUUGCCUCGGACAUAUACAGUCUUGGCGUUAUAAUCAUUGAGAUACUAACAGGAGAGAAGGGGUAUCCAGAAGAUGAGAAUGUAGUUGAAAAUUGGAUGAAUCGAUUGGAGGCAUCAGAUAAUUUGGAGAUGCAAUUGGAACAAGUAAGAGUAUGUGCUAAGAUAGGGAUAGAGUGUAUGGACUUGAACCCGAAGAAGAGACCAGUUGCCCGGUGUGUAAAUGAUAGGCUUGAUAAAACGACAAGUGUCGUCAAAACUGGCAUCAGUAGUUCAUCGGUCAAACAACAGGUUAGUUUCCUAAAGGAACGAUAUUGGCCAGCGAGAAUCGCAAAGCUUUCAUCUGAGUACCUUGGAAAGGACAUCAAGCAACAGGCUAAAAGAGAUGAACUCGUGAACUAUGUUGGGACUCCUAGAGAAAAGCAUUGGCAUCAAGGUCGAGAAGAAGCUCCAGAUGAUCAAUGGUCAUUAUGUGGAGCGCGUGAUACAAAGCAAAAUAUUAUUCCACAAGGUGCAAGUAUUUCUUGUUCUAACCAUGGUGUGCUCUACAAGUUGAACAAUCUAGACAUUUUCAACACAAAAGCAUGUAAGAAUUACGUGAAGUUGGGCGGUCCUAUAUUGGAAAAUAUAAAAUGUGUGAAACUUUUCAAACGGGGGGAGCUCAAACCAAUUUUAAAGGAUAAGAAUUUUAUUAGAAAAGAUGGCUUUGGAGAACUUUACAAGGGUCUUGUGGAUAACGUACCUGUCAUGGUAAGGAAGCUGAUUAGUGAUAAUGUGGUGGAGAAUGGAGAUUUUGCAAAUGAAGUCAUCAUGCUAUCUCGAGUCAUUCACAAAAACAUCAUUAGGCUCAUAGGUUGUUGCCUUGAAUUUGAUGCCCCAAUCCUAGUCUAUGAGUUUUUCUCAACAGUUAGCCUUCAUGAUAUUCUUCACAUCAACAUCAAACUGCCUCUCAACUUGAGUGUGCGAUAUAAUAUUGUUGCAGCAUUAGCAGAUGCUCUAGCAUAUGUGCAUUCAGCGGCCAGUACCCAAAUUUUACACUGUGAUCUUCAACCAACAAAUAUACUAUUCGAUGAUAAUCUCUUCAGUGGCAAGUUUGUCCCCAAGAUCUCUGGCUUUGGCAUGUCAAGGAUGAUUGCGAGAGACAUCAUUGGUGACAUGACUUAUAUGGAUUCAAUAUACCUACAAAAAGGCUAUCUAACAGAACAAAGUGAUGUAUAUAGUUUUGGAGUUAUCAUCUUGGAACUUCUUACUCGGAGCAAGGCUAUACAUGCUGACCAUAACAGCUUAGUGAGGACUUUCCUCGAGAAUCACAAGAAGGGUAGGAAAUCAACAGGGCUAUUUGAUAAGGAAAUUGCACUGAAAGGAGAUUUGGGGCUUCUUGACAUGCUGGUAGAAAUUGCCGUCAAAUGUCUUGACGAUGAUGUGGUGCUAAGACCGUCAAUGGUAGAUGUCACAAAAUGCCUUUCUAUACUGGAUCGAUCCCUUAAAUCGGGGGAUGCUAGGACAGCUAGUCACGAGGGUCUAGACCCGAGAAAAGCCCAUAGCCAUGGCGCCAGUGGCGGUCAAGGACGGAGUUGCGGAGCAGGGGCGCCGUGUUCUAGCAGACGUGUCGCUUGAAUUAGAAGGGAGACCGGCACUGAAGUAAGGUGUUACCGUCGCGGACGAGAAGGGCUUGUCGCCGGAGUUGGAAAGGAAGCCGUGGAGCUAUCGGCGGUGAGCGGCGGCUAACCUACAAUAUCUUCACCGAUUUCAACACCAUCUUCCCCAACAACGGCGUUAUGCACACGCUCCUGUACCCCAUCAACAACGGGGAGGAGUGAAGGGCGGCGCCCGGAGGAGCGAGUGGCCCCGGAGGAGGAGGAGAAGAAGAACCCGAAGAACCCGCGUUUGAUGCCCCCCUAUCUAUCUAGCUUGCUAUAGAUCUAUCGUAUUAGUUUUUUUAAGUUGUAAUCGUUAUGCUACUAUUAUUAAGUUUUAUUAGUACUUUAAGUUGUAAGGCUAUCAUGGAGUUGUAAGGCUAUCGUGGAACUAUGGGUUGCAAUCGUUAUGCUUCUAUAUAAUCGUUAUGCUACUAUAUAUAUUGUGUGUUUCGUGCUAUUAUUUGUGGAUUGC